CCUAGCAGCCUCCCAAAAUGCUGGUGUUACAGCUGUAAGCCACCAUGCCUGACCUGAUAAGAUAUUUAAAACAGUAUCUGUUAUCAGUGUAAUCCUUUUUGUCUUCACUGUGGGCACACAGGUUUGGGAAAUACAGAAGAAAUUUUAGACAAAGGUUAUUUCCCCAGAAGAGGUUUUGCUUCAGUUGUCUUGGUGCUUGGCACAUUGCCUUGCAAAUAAUUGGCACUCAAACAUGUAUUCACUUGAAUUAAGGGGACACAGUUUUCAAAUUUGAGACAGUGUACUACAGUGAAUGCUAUGCUUGUAUGGGCAGCAAUUGCCGUGUUUUUGAAGGGAGCAACCCUUAUAGUUUGAGGCAGAGAUGUUGGGAGGCUUUGUGAAAUAAAUGGGGCUUGAGUAUUGAGUGGAAAAGAUGGGAUUGAAUGCUGGUAAGUAGAAGUGAGUGUGUAUUGCAGGCAUGGGAAAUAACAGAAGUUGAGAAAAAAGGCAAGAUUGAAUAGUUUGUGUGGAGGAAUAUUAGGCAGGCCUGCUAUAGAGGAAUUGGGUUGGAUAAUAAUUUAAGGAAGAAGGUAUUGUAAAUAAUACCUGUACAAGGCCAAAUAUGUCUAUCUGUGAUCAAUUUAGAUCAAAACACUUUUUUUCCUCUUCUAGAUAGGGUACAUUGCUCAAAAAACACCUGAAAGUACUAGAAAUACAUUUGGAGUUGAACUUGCUGUUAAAAGGGAGUGGAUGAGAGUAGGAAAUUUGCUGGGUUGAAAUUUGGUGUAAUAAGUAGAAAUAUCAUCUGACUUGGAUCCUUAAUUCUUACUUUAUUUUGAGUUCCUACUGGGAAAAUCACAAUCAUCCAUGAUGGCCAUGAAAGCCCAGAACACAUAGGGACUUGUCUUUACAGAAAUUAGGAAAUGAUUAAGUGAUUUGGCUAGCACAUACUAGCUGGAUUUACGUUUUCAGGGUAACUGAUUCACCAGGUCGGCUUCAUCCCCAAACUUGCCUGUUUGAAUGAUUAGGAAAUUACUGGCCGUCCUUUCCUUGGAGUCAACUUCUUUUUUAAAGUGUUUGUAUUAAAAUUAUAAAUGGUAAUUCAAAGAACUAGACGUUACUUAAUGUGAUUAUUUUUAUAUCUUUGUCUUUUCAUGCCACGUUUAUGACCAUAAUCAUUUGAUGAAAAUUUAAUAAGACUGUGAUAAACACCUAAAGAAUUUUUUCCUUUUCCUUCUAUUAGUGUCUAUAACUUUUUAAAAAAUAGGCAAACAUCUUUGGCUAAUAUUAUAAAAGCCUUUCUUUCUUCGUUGUGAAAUUGUUUUCACUGCUAAGUUGCGUUUCUGUUUUUCUACUAUUGUAAAGUGCAGUUCUUUGCAUGUUCUAAUUUGCCAUGACGUGGUCAAGUGCUGUUUCCUUCCUGUUGCUUGCAAGCCUAUGCUAGAGAUAAGAAUACAUUUCAGUGCAUUAAAAAAGAAGCCACUGAAGACAGACUUUAGCAUGGCCAAGAAGCUUGAGAGAAGAAAAAUUUCAAAAAAAUUAUCUGAAUUUGACUAGAAUAUCAAUGAACCAAGAAAACUGAAGCACCUUCCCUAAAGAAAACUUGAGUAUAUAGUAACUUCACAGACAGAGCUGAGGGUUUUUACCCAAAUCGGUCACUGGAUUUUUCUGCCUGAUACAUGAACCUGUUUGGAAUUUUUCUCAUGUGGAUCUGAGGGGAAUGCUUUAUUAUGGCUGCUGUUGUCCAACAGAACGACCUAGUAUUUGAAUUUGCUAGUAACGUCAUGGAGGAUGAACGACAGCUUGGUGAUCCAGCUAUUUUUCCUGCUGUAAUUGUGGAACAUGUUCCUGGUGCUGAUAUUCUCAAUAGUUACGCCGGUCUAGCCUGCGUGGAAGAACCCAAUGACAUGAUUACUGAGAGUUCACUGGAUGUUGCUGAAGAAGAAAUCAUAGACGAUGAUGAUGAUGACAUCACCCUUACAGUUGAAGCUUCUUGUCAUGAUGGGGAUGAAACAAUUGAAACUAUUGAGGCUGCUGAGGCACUCCUCAAUAUGGAUUCUCCUGGCCCUAUGCUGGAUGAAAAACGAAUAAAUAAUAAUAUAUUUAGUUCACCUGAAGAUGACAUGGUUGUUGCCCCAGUCACCCACGUAUCCGUCACAUUAGAUGGGAUUCCUGAAGUGAUGGAAACACAACAGGCACAAGAAAAAUAUGCAGACUCACCAGGAGCCUCAUCACCAGAACAGCCUAAGAGAAAGAAAGGGAGAAAAACUAAACCACCACGACCAGAUUCCCCAGCCACUACGCCAAAUAUAUCUGUAAAGAAGAAAAACAAAGAUGGAAAGGGAAACACAAUUUAUCUUUGGGAGUUUUUACUGGCGCUGCUCCAGGACAAGGCUACUUGUCCUAAAUACAUCAAGUGGACCCAGCGUGAGAAAGGCAUUUUUAAAUUGGUGGAUUCUAAAGCAGUGUCCAGGUUGUGGGGGAAGCACAAAAACAAACCUGAUAUGAAUUAUGAGACCAUGGGAAGAGCACUCAGGUACUAUUACCAAAGGGGUAUUCUGGCAAAAGUGGAAGGUCAGCGCUUGGUGUAUCAGUUUAAAGAAAUGCCAAAAGAUCUUAUAUAUAUAAAUGAUGAGGAUCCAAAUUCCAGCAUAGAGUCUUCAGAUCCAUCACUACCCUCAACAACCACUUCAAGUAGGAGUCAAGCCAGCCGGUCGAGAGUAUCUUCAAGUCCAGGGGUAAAAGGAGGAGCCACUACAGUUCUAAAACCAGGGAAUUCUAAAGCUGCAAAACCCAAAGAUCCUGUGGAAGUUGCACAGCCAUCAGAAGUUUUGAGGACAGUGCAGCCCACACAGCCUCCAUAUCCUACCCAGCUCUUCCGGACUGUUCAUGUAGUACAGCCAGUACAGGCUGUCCCAGAGGGAGAAGCAGCUAGAACCAGUAACGUGCAGGAUGAAACAAUAAAUUCUUCCGUUCAGAGUAUUAGGACUAUACAGGCUCCAACCCAAGUUCCAGUGGUUGUGUCUCCUAGAAAUCAGCAGUUGCAUACAGUAACACUCCAGACAGUGCCACUGACAACAGUGAUAGCCAGCACAGAUCCAUCAGCAGGUACCGGAUCUCAGAAGUUUAUUUUACAAGCCAUUCCAUCAUCACAGCCCAUGACAGUACUGAAAGAAAAUGUCAUGCUGCAGUCACAAAAGGCAGGCCCUCCUCCUUCAAUUGUCUUGGGCCCUGCCCAGGUACAGCAAGUCCUUACUAGCAAUGUUCAGACCAUUUGCAAUGGAACCGUCAGUAUGGCUUCAUCUCCAUCCUUCAGUGCUACUGCACCUGUGGUGACCUUUUCUCCUCGCAGUUCACAGCUGGUUGCUCACCCACCUGGCACUGUAAUCACUUCAGUUAUCAAAACUCAAGAAACAAAAACUCUUACACAGGAAGUAGAGAAAAAGGAGUCUGAAGAUCAUUUAAAAGAGGACAUUGAGAAAAUUGAGCAGCAGCCACAGCCUUAUGUGAUGGUAGUGUCCAGUUCUAAUGGAUUUACUUCUCAGGUAGCUAUGAAACAAAAUGAACUGCUGGAACCCAACUCUUUUUAGUUAAUCUACCAAAGCUUAUGAAUAAUUGGUUUUUAAUUGAACAUUUCAAUUGUAUGCAAACUGAUUGAUUCUAAGAUAAAUUCUACUGAGGUUUCUACUUUUGUAAUUGUUAAAAAUAGAGUUAAUUUUGACUUUAGUAGAUGAGGGAGGAAAACUCAAGUGUUUCUCUUAGUUCUCUAAAUGUUUCAGAAUUCAAUCGUGAAGGAACAGGCAUUUUACACUAUGAAGACAUUCUUUUGAGAUCUUUUUUCAGUUAUAUCAUAAGCAUUUUUAAAGUUUCUUUUCUAAUUUUACAUUGUAUUAGGUUUUCUGAUUCUUUUGUAAAUACAGAACUUAAAUAUAAGGCAACAGGAAAUUUAUAUAGGAACUAUUUUCAUUCCACUCAUGUAAGUUAAGUCUUGACUCUUUCAAAUGCAAAAAACCUAUUUUAUGCUUUGUUAAAAUUAUGAUGUCACUUAGACUGACUUUAGUUGGCUACACUAUAUGAACUAUGAAUAUGUAAAAUGACAUGAAAAAUUGGAGGUGCCGCUGGUAUGGCUGACCUGUUGUAGAAGGAGGAUAGUAUCAAAGCAUCAGCCUAUGAAUGGCACUCCCACCAACCAGCUAUGUCAGCUUGACCUUUUGGUGCCUUAGUUCUUCUCAUAAAAGGAAGAGAUGUAUUGGACUAGACUAGACGAUCUCCACUUUCUCUUCUAGUUCUAAUUUUUUUAAAUUCUAAUACCUAUAUUUUCAAGUUAUGUCAAUUAAAACAUCAGGUUAUUUUCCAAUGUAAAAAGAGCUAAAAUGUUGCAGAAAAAUAAGUGGCUCAACAAAAUUUAUUCAUCUGUUAUGGGUAAGAUCAGCCAUAAAUUCUUCCUAAAUAGUUUGUUUGCUAACUCUAGACCACUGUGCCAUUUGCAGCCCAUUAGCAAACUUACAUUGCUAAGUGCUAAACAGAAUACUGCUAUUUUGAGAGAGUCAAGACUCUUAAGGGCCAAGAAAGCAACUUGAGCCUUGGGCUAAUCUGGCUGAGUAGUCAGUUAUAAAAGCAUAAUUGCUUUAUAUUUUGGAUUGUUUUUUAUUGGGGGUGGACUUGGGGGGGGUUGCAUACAAAGAUAACAUAUAUAUCCAACUUUCUGAAAUGAAAUGUUUUUACAUUACUUUUUCAACUGUAGAUAAUGUACAUUAUAUGUCACAAGAAAAAUUGUCUUCUGCAAAUUUUCUAGUAUAACAGAAAUUUUUGUAGAUGAAAAAAAUCAUUAUGUUUAGAGGUCUAAUGUUAUGUUUUCAUAUUACAGAGUGAAUUUGUAUUUAAAAAAAUUUAAAUUUUGGAAUCCUCUAAACAUUUUUGUAUCUUUAAUUGGUUUAUUAUUAAAUAAAUCAUGUAAAAAUUCUCA